AGAAGCCAGGCACAAUAUUGUCUCUGAAUUUCCGCCUCCUGGCCAUCGUUGCCGUCGACGGGCGAGCGGACUACCCAGACUAUUACCGCUACAUGCAUACAUUCUAGAGUAGCUACAGUAAAGGAUGACAGAACCACCUUCGGCUACCGACUUGGUGGGCCAGAAACUGCUGAGUGCAGAAGAGGUUUAUCUGUACAAGAUUCCUCCACUCAAGACGGCUGGAGGUCACAGAGCGGAAGAUUGGAAUUUGGCAACUCCUCUCAAGACGUGCUCUUUGCUGGUGGAACAACAUGGCGACAAACUGUUGCUCUUGUUUCGUCAUUUGCAAGACCCAGAUGACCCGAAUUCCAUUCAAAUUUUUGCCCAAUCCACAAUCGAUCUUUCUUCUUCUUCCACUAAUCAACCACAAAAGCUGUCACUCGAGUACUUUGUCGAAAAUGUCGUGGAUUCGAGUCGCUAUUUCGUCGUCCGCAUUCUGGAUGAACGAUCCGGUCGAGAAGCUCGCAUUGGAUUUGGAUUUCGAGAUCGAGACGAAGCUACCGAUUUUAGAGAAUCAUUGCAGUUCUUUGUCAAAUCCAUAAAACGACGAGAAGAGGCCGAACAAGCAAAACAGCACUUUGCAAAAGAAUACGACAAUAAUCAAAACCUGAGUCUGCAAGAGGGACAAAAGAUUCACAUCAACUUGGGCUCUGGCAAAAAAUCAACAAUAUCCAAAAAGGAUUCUUCUUCGCAAGAAUCUCCCAAAAAGGCAGGAGGACCCUUCUUGCUCAAGAAACCACCACCGGCACCCAAACUGAAUCCCGAUGUGUCCAUAUCCUUUGGUGACAUUGACUUGAAUGCGGAUAGCAAAACAGGCGAGGAAUCGACUACUGCUGCGUUAGGGGAAGCAUCGUCCGCGGAUGAUGACGACAUAUGGCAAGACUUUGAGGAAGCUCAGGAAGAGUAAACAAAAGAAUUACCUAGCUAGCAAGUAGUUCAAAAACACCCUGCCAGGUAGCAAUUUACUUCCGCGAGGCUUUUCCAGGUGUGCCCAUCUUCUACUAGCUAGCUAGCUAGAUAGAUAGACACCGUGGAUUAGGCAACUUACUUCAUACAACCGCCGGAUCUUCCCUCCGUUGGUGAAUACUACCGGUAGCUAGCUACGUGUAGUAGAUCAGGAAAAGAUGACGCAGCAGCACAAUACAUCAUGGAGAUGAAGAAACGUGGUGAGGAGGUGAGAGGUGAACCAUUGAUGGUUGGUCGUUGGUCCGAUGCUGGCUACCGGUAGCUUAGUCCUCCGCAAAGGAGCUACUAGCUAGCUAGCUAGCUAGAGCACGGUAAGAUCCAACACAGCACUGGCUGCACACUUGAUCCUCGACAGCCGACAGCAAACGAACCAGCCAGAAGAUUGGGAGACAGUUUUGGACGAGUAAGUGCGGUAAAUAUAGGGUUAAAGAUAUACUUUACUCUGCAUAUUUGAAUC